AUGUGGGUAUCAACACUGCUUCGACGCUUUUUCUACCGUCGGCAGCGGAACUCGCGAUUUAUUGAAAAACAAAUGCGUAAUAUGACGGUCAAGUUCCAGGAUACUUGGAAAGUGUGCGACAUGGCACAAAACUACUAUCUGGAUGAAGCACUGUUAGAUAUCCAGGAAUUCGCAUCUCUUCGAAAUUAUCACUUUCAACUCGUAGAUGGGUUAGAUGUACUGCUGCACGAUCCAAAUGUACGAGGCCACACUGAAUUCCCACUACAGAUCGAGAGCCUCAAAAGAUCAGGUGCCUUUAUCGUCAUGCACGCAAGCGAGAACUAUGAUGUGGGUUUUGGUUUUAUGAGGUCGGGCCAAUGGAACCCAAGCGAUUCUCGAAAAUCAUUCCCAUUUUAUGACUAUGAGAUUUGCGCAUUUCCAGAAAUUUGGGCGUCGGCUUGA